GUGUUUUUUCUAUGUCACCAGGUACAGGUAAGGCAGCCAAGAGCCCCUAUGAUGAGGAAAGUAAAACUGUUGUAAAAGAAGCAAAGCAGUUCAUCAGCGAUGGCUUGGAGUGGAAGCGCAUACAUCCAGUGAGCAUAAUGGUUCAGCUCCAUCGCACACAUCUGUUGCACCACCCUCUCACCAAGGCUUGGCUUGUUGACAAAUGGAACCUUUACAUAUCCUACGUCUUCCUUGUGUUGCUCUUUAUUGAAAUGCUGUUUGUUACAGCUCUCACCAUCUUCAUGACAAAUACUGACGACUGGGCUCACAUAGAAAGGAAAUGUAACAUGACUAAAAACCAGUUCUGUGGCCUGUCUACAGUAUUACUUGGAAACUUCUCAACAGCAGAGAACACAAGUUUGCAAGAGGAAGGUGAUGGGCCUGUUGCUGUAGAUGGGGAACUUUACAAGUGUGGACCUAUGAAUGGGAAUGUUGGAGCAUUGCUCUUUCUUAUGAUGAUGACUUUCAUCAUUUUGUUGUUGGAGGGCAACAAUCUUUAUAGGCUGAAGUGUGAGUACUUCAGCAUGGAUAACUCAUUGAAGGUAGUGGAAGUCAUCUUAACUAUCAUCCUCCUGAUACCUCUGGGAGAAUGUGAAUUUCAUUACCAAGUUCUUCAUGAGCAGCAAUGGCAGUGUGGCAUCCUUGCAGUCCUCCUAGCAUGGCUACUGCUUAUCAGCAGACUCAACCAGCUCCCAGUCUUCUCUGUGUUCAUGCCUAUCACAACAAGCUUCAUCAAGAGCUUUGCCAAAGUACUCUCCUAUAUUCUGCUACUGUUGGCUCUAUUUGCAUAUAUCUUUCACUUGGUGCUCUCAGAUCAGAGUGCCUUUAUCAGUAUGCCUCAGGCAAUGGUAAAAAUCAUUGUUUGGUUACUGGGUGACUUGGCAUAUGAUGAUACUUUUCUCAGCUCAGAUCAUCCACUGGUUUACCCUGCUCUGGCAAAUUUUUUGUUUGUGAUGUUUGUUACAACAAUCAGUGGUUUUAUUGUGAAUCUUUUAUCACCCAGCCCUCAGAAAAGCUUGAGGACUUCAGAAAACGCACAGCCUUCCACAAUGCAGCUUCACAGAGCAAGCUUGUGUUCCAGCUAGAUGUUUGUUUUCCUUACUUUAGGAAGCAGAGAACAAGGAUCACAGACACUACCACAGAAAAUGAAAAGAGUAAUUCCAAAAUAUUAUCCAAAAUACUUUUAAAAUUUUAUACUGCAGAGGAAGAGGCAGAGCUAGGUGAUCCCCUUUUAAAGAAACUUGAGGAGCAACACCAACAAAUUGCCCAAUUACUGAAUCUCCAUAUAGAGCACAAAGAAGAAAUAAGAGACCUCAAACAUCAGCUCAACUAUAUCAUGAGGAAUAUGUCAGGAACAAGGACAUUUGAAAAAUUUUGACCUGUAAAUCGAGAUAUUUAUACACUACAAUUAAUUAUACUUUAGCAAAAUGUGUAAUAAGCUAGAGAUGGCAAUGGGGUGCUGAAAACUAAGCCCAUAUCAGGGAGUUGUGCUGUAGUGCUACAGUAGACCCUCAAUUCAGCAUGAGAUGGUACCAAAGGAACUUGUGCUAUUUCAAUAGGGCAUAUUUAACUAGAACAGAAAAGAAACACUUUAAACUAAAUAAACCCCCACCCAAUUCAACAUGGUUGCAUUCCAGAGGAAGAUGUUGAAUAGUGAAAUUGUUGAAUAACACACCUAGUUUUCCCAUAGGUAAAAGCUAAGUUAGGGAAAUGUGCUAAGAACCUCUCUCCCAGUAUUCGCGGAUUCACUAUUCACAGAUUCGCACAUUCGCGGAUUUUCCCCCAAUUGCACAGAGGUAGCCGCAGAGGAAUUUUCGCAGCACCACUCCUACCAUUCAUGGUCCACCUGUGGGCAAUUUGGUGGUUUAUAAGGGAAGGGCAAUACUGGAAUAAUCACACUGAUGUGUCCUUCUUGAUAUGAAUAAAACCCACACUUGCAUAUGAGAUAUACAUUUACCAGAUAGUUUUGGUGGACACUGCUACCAUCUUCAAUGGUAAAAAGCAGGAAAGGGAGUGAUUCAAGUCAUUGCAGAUCUCAUUUUGUUCAAAGAUAAAUGAGUAAACUGGAGAGGGCAGGGCUGGGAAGGGUGGGGAAAUUCCUAUCAGGCAGGUCACCUUGUGGGAGUGAGGUAACCUCCCCUCCCCUCCCUCACACUAUUAUGAACAGCUGGAGAUAUUAGAGGGAGGGAAGUGACCCCUCAACCAGUGACCUCAUUACUGGAUCUAGAUUGAACGUAUCUUUGUUUAAAUUAACAUUGUUAAUACACAUUGCUUCAAUGACACAUUUUUUUUUUUUUUUGUAAUGAUAACAAAAAACAUUGUGUUAUUGAAGUAAUGUGUAUUGAGAAACAAUAUUAAUUCAAACAAAGGUACUUUCAAGUUAAAUCCAGUUAUGAGGCCACUGGUGGAGAGGUCUCUUCCCUUCCAUUUAAACCCCCCAUCUGUCCCUUGCAGUGUAGGGUAAGGCAAGUGACCUGACUCACUCCCACUAUAGGAACUAUCGGAUAGGGGGUUCCCUACCUCUCCCCAUCCCACCUUCAUGUUUACCCAUUUGUCUUUGUAUAAAAUGAGAUCUGUACUGAUUUUCCUGUCCACUGAAACUGGUAAAUAUGGCCCCUCAAAACAACGGCACGGAUCUGAUCUGCCAUUGUUUACGCCAAGGCUGCCAAAACAGAAACGAGCAAUGAAAGUGUAGAAUAAUGCGUGGAAGGGCACCGUAUUUACCUAUUUGAAGCAUACAGGGCCUGAGCUAGGCUCAGAUAGUCCUGUCUCCUUGUCUACUUUUAUCCAAUCUUUUUUUCAUUUGAUGGACACUCUUCGCCUCUGCCACUUCCUCCUCCAAACUGUUCCACAAAUCCACACUUCUAUGAGGAAAGCUGUACUUUUUGUCUCUCAAGCAUGUUCCCUUUCUCAGCUUCUUGUUGUGUCCUCUCAAUCCUCUUCUUUGCUCUCUCUCCAUCAAGUCGUCUCUACCUUAUCCAUACCACUCAUCAACUUGAACAACAUAAUCAAGUCUCCUCUUUCUCUCCUCUGUUCCAAAGUUGGCAGGUUCAUGUGUUCCAGUCUUUCUUCAUAUGGCAGAUCUGAGAGUUCAGGUACCAUUUUUGUUGCAAUUCUCUGAAUCGUUUCUAGUUUCUUUACAUCCUUUUUUUUGAGUGUGGGGACCAUACCACUGCUGCAUACUCUAACUUUGGUCUAAUCAUUGCCUUUAUUAUCUUUGUCAUCAUAUCUAUAUCCAUAUAGUGGAAUGCAAAUCUAACAUUUUACAAUAGUCUGUAUGUAUCACCAAAUAUCCUGUUUGUGUUUUCUGGUGUCAAAGAAUCCUGAACUGUCACUCCCGGGUCUUUCUUUUCCUUAACCACACUUAUGUCUCUUUCAACCAUUUUAUAUUGUUUCAGAGGUCUAUUUUUACCUUUUCCCAUCCUCAAUAUGUGACAUUUGUUUGCAUUGAAUUCCAUUUCCCAUUUGUUGCUCCACUCACACAUAUUGCAUUCAGAUCCUCCUGCAAUCCCAUUCAAUCUUCCACCAUCCUCAUCCUUCUUUGCAGCUUUGCAUCAUCAACAAACAAGCUCAUGUAACUUUUUACUCUUUCUGGCAUGUCGUUGAUAUAAAUCAAGAACAUUAUUGGUGCGAGUACACAUCCCUGCGGCACUCCACUUGUCACUUCUCUCCAUUCUCAUUUUUCAUCCCUUACCACUGUUCUCAUUUCUCUUCCGACCAGAUACUCCCUCGUCCAGUUUUUCAUACUGCCUCUGUCCUCCUCUAUACUCUAAUUUCCACAAUAGUCUAUUAUGUGGCACUUUAUCAAAAGCUUUUUGCAGAUCUAGGUAUAGACAAUCCAUCAAUCCAUCUCUUGUAUUGUACCUAUUAUUCUCGAGUAAAACUCAUCAAAUUUGUGACACACGACUUUCCUUGCCUAAAUCCAAAUUGGCUCUCAUUUAUUAAUUUUUCUCUUUCCAGAUGUUCAAACCACUGUUUUUUUUAUAAUUCUUUCACACAUUUUACAGAUCACACUUGUGAGUGAGACUGGUCUAUAAUUUAAAGGCUCAUGUCUGUUCCGACUCUCAUAAAUUGGUAUAAUGUUUGCUCUUUUCCAUUCUCUCGGCAUCGUUCCAGACUCUAAUGAAUUUAUAUAAUAAAUUGGCUCUAUCAAUUCUUCAUUGCAUUCUUUUAUCACUUGUCCCGAUACAUCAUCUGGUCCCAUGGCUUUUCUUCCAUCUAGCGAUAUCAUUAAUUUUCUCAACUCUUCUUUAUCCACUCUUAUCAUCAUUCUUUUAACUCCAUCCUCUCUCUCUUCUGUUUGAAAUUCAGUUUCUUGAGUGAACACUUUUUGAAAAUUUACAUUCAUCACCACUAAUUUACUUGUCCUUAUCAUAAGUUGUGUCAUUUCCUUUCAUCACUGUUAUUCUCUCUUUUCUUCAGUUUUCUGUUUACAGUAGCCUCUCGAGUUUCGCGCUAUCCGAGUUUCACGAUCCUUGAGUUUCGUGGUCUGUCCUAAAUUCUUACCAUCCCAACUUUCGUGCAUUAUCACCCUGAGUUUCGUGCUGCUUUGACAUUAACGGGUCAUGUCUACUUAACAUCGGCAUCAAGCACACUACCUUAAAAGGUAGUAUCACACUGGACGUUUUCCUCCAAACAUUGUGGCUACGGCAAGAGAGAGAGAGAGAGAGAGAGAGAGAGAGAGACUUAUUAACACGUUAACCGCAUUUGAACUUCCCGCCGCGUCCUCCCUGUCACGUUUGGUUCAACUCGGCGCAACCUCAAUACCAUGCGAGCCCCUGACUCGAGAGGUGUGUAGCUUCCCUCUGGUUAUGAGCCCCUCUCGUGAAAGGUGAAAUAGAGAGGAUGAAAAACAGGAGAAAGGAGAAGGGUGUGGGGAGGGUGGGUCAGAAAGGAGUCAGGUCAGGGCUUUGGUCAGGACAUGAUCUGACUGAGGUCAGGUCAUGUCCAUACCUGUCACACACAAACAGAAGGUGAAAUGAGAAGGAUGUGGGGAGGAUGGGGCAAAAAGGAGUCAGAUCAGGGCUUUGAUCAAAACAUGACCUGACUCAGGUCAGGUCAUGUCCUAACUUGACACACACACACACACACACACACACACACACACACACAGAAGGGGAAUGAGAAUGGUGUGGGGAGGGAGGGACAGAAAGGAGAAUCAGAUCAGGGCUUUGGUCAGGAUAUGACUUGACUCAGAUCAAGACAUGACCUGACUCUCCCUUCUGCCCCUCCCUCCCCCCACCCUUCUGAUUUCCCUUUCUCUGUGUGUGUGUGUGUGUGUGUGUGUGUGUGUGUCUGUCUGUCUGUCUGUCUGUCAUGACAUUACCUGACUCUCCCUUCUGCCCCCCCCACCCCCACCCCACACAUCCUUCUAAUUUCCCCGUAUGUGCGAGACGCACACCCAGAAAAGUUGCCGGUUACCCAAGCUGCCGCCAACGCAGUGGGAGGAAAAAGGCCCAAUGUGACACCAGCUUACGGACAACAGACAACUCUCUCCCGGAUGGGCGUUGCCAGUAGCCACAACGGUUAGAAGAAAACGGCCAGUGUGACACCACCUUUAGGCAGUGAUGCCGCUGAUUGGGUUAGCGCCAGCGAUGAGGUCAUCGGACUCCCAGCGAAUCACAAGCAUGUUUUCGGAGUUCAGCCAAUCAUAAGGCUUCAUCUGUGGCUUUAAAACAACCCGUUCUCUCUUCCUGUUUUCUUCCUUUUUCCAAGGUACAUAUUUUGAGAUAACAAGGGAGUAAAGGAGGAAAAAAAGUGAGCUCCGGGGGACAGCAUGAGCCAAUUAUAAUGGCACCACAAUAAACAGUUGCCUGUGCCAUGAUGGGCUCGGGGCCGACCAUCAGGCCCAGAUGGAUAGUCUACCGGCACCAUAGGCCACAUGUAUAAAAAAAAUAAAAAAUAAAAAAUAAA